CGCAGCCUUGCGCGUUCCUUUCCAUCCGCGUGCCCGUGGGUUGUGCUGCGUGUCUACACUGAGGGGUUCCAACAGUCGAGAGAAAUGCCGACAAAAAUCAUCUUUGAAACUGAAGAUCAAGCCAUGGAUGACGGCGUAGACACUGUCGCGGAGGCUAAACCCCGAAAGACCAAAGAGGGCAAAAAGCUGAAAACCAAGAAGAAGUUUGAGGACCAGGAAGAGCAGGAGGACCCAGACUGUGAACCUCCGGCACCAAAAAAAAAGAAAAAAAAAGACAAGAUUACGGUGGACCAAGUGACCGACCUCAUAGAGGAGGCCGCAGACAUGAACGGUAACAGUAAUGGUGUUGACCCACCAGAGAAAAAAAAGAAGACGCAAAAGAAAGCCAUAGCAGAGGCUGAAAGGAACGGACAUUCCAUCCCAGACACCCCCGCACAGACACCGGCCCAGUCAAGUGAAGACUCUGCCAGCGAAGGCGAGAAAGAAAAGGAGGAAACACCAGAGCAGAAGGAAGGGGCCUUCUCCAACUUCAGGAUCUCCCAAUUCACCAUUGACAAACUAAAAGCUCGGGGAGCCUCUUACCUGUUUGACAUUCAGAUCAAGACAUUCAAUGCUGUAUAUGAUGGCGAGGACGUCAUUGCCCAAGCCCGAACAGGAACAGGAAAGACUUUCUCAUUUGCCAUCCCUUUGGUGGAGAAGCUCCAGACGGAGUCGGUGGCGUUCACCAGAGGCCGGGCUCCCAAGGUCUUGGUGUUAACUCCAACCAGAGAGUUGGCUAUCCAGGUGGCAAAGGACUUCAAAGACAUCACCAGGAAGCUGGCUCUCACCUGUUUCUAUGGAGGCAGCUCAUACAACCCACAGCUUGAUGCGAUCCGUAGUGGUAUCGAUAUUUUGGUCGGCACCCCC